AGCCUGUCCCCUGUGGGACAGCAGCCCCAACCAGCCCGGAGCUCAGCACAGACCGCUGUCUCCCCAGGAGCCUCUGGGGGCGAGGGUGCUCCCGGGCGGGGGCGGGGCUGCACUGUGUGGGGUUCUAGGGGAUGUGGAAGGCACAGAGGAACUGCUUUCUGGGCACACGGCCACAGCCAGAGAACAGUGUGAUUGGGAGACAGAAGCCGGCAGCUGGGCUCCUGCACAGCCUCGCAUGGCCUGACGUCCAGGGAGCCCUCGGGAAGACCUGGGCGGAAACCAGCCUCAAGGAGUACCUGAGCCCGGUGGAGACUGACGGACGGGCCAAGGACCCACCCCGGAGAGCGUUGGACACCUUAACGGUGAACGAACGAGCAUGGACGGGGAGGACGACAACGUGUCCUACUUUUACGAGGACGAUUACCUCAACGGCUCGGAGGCCAUCGUGAUCCUGGAGGAGUUCCAGUCCCCGGACGGCGGCGGCGGGGCCUUCCGGAUCUUCCUGGUGGCGGCCUACAGCGUCAUCUGCUGCCUGGGCAUCCUGGGCAACGGCCUGGUGAUCUUCGUGGCCGCCUUCCAGGUGAAGAAGACGGUGAACACCAUCUGGUUCGUCAACCUGGCCGUGGCCGACCUCCUGUUCAACCUCUUCCUCCCCUUCCACAUCGCCUACGUGGCCCUGGGCUACCACUGGGCCUUCGGGACGGCGCUGUGCAAGCUCAGCAACUUCCUGCUGCACCACAACAUGCACACGAGCGUCUUCCUGCUGGUGGCCAUCAGCGUGGACCGCUGCGUGGCCGUGGUCCUGCCCGUCUGGUCCCAGAACCACCGCAGCGUGCGGCUGGUGUGCGCGGCCUGCGUGGCCAUCUGGGCGCUGGCCUCCCUGCUGAGCGUCCCCUCCCUGGUGUUCCGGGACACGGUGCUGGUGCACGGGAAGGUCGUGUGCUUCAGCAACUUCAGCCUGGCCGAGGCAGCGGCCACGCCAGGGGGCCCCGGGCACCCCCACCCGGGCUCCCCGCCGCCGGGGGCCCGCUGGCACCUGGCGGUGGGCGCCCUGCGCUUCCUCUGCGGCUUCCUGAUCCCCGUGGUCGCCAUCACGGCCUGCUACGUCACCAUCGUGUGCAAGCUGCGGCGCAACCGGCUGGCCAGGACCCGGAAGCCCUUCCGGGUCAUCCUGAGCAUCAUCGUCACCUUCUUCCUCUGCUGGUGCCCCUACCAGACCCUGUGCCUGCUGGAGCUGCGCCACAGCGCCGUGCCCGCCGCCGUCUUCACCCUGGGCCUGCCCCUGGCCACCGUGCUGGCCAUCGGCAACAGCUGCAUGAACCCCAUCCUGUACGCCUUCAUGGGCCAGGACUUCAAGAAGUUCCGGGUGGCCUUCUUCUCGCGCCUGGCCAACGCGCUGAGCGAGGACGCGGGCCAGUCCCCCGACCACAGCCACCGGAACUCCACCAGGAUGUCGUCCGUAAACGAGAGGUCCUCCAGGAUCGAGAAGGAGACGGGCAUGUUCUGAGACCCCCAGCAGACACCCCCUGGCCUUGGCGAUCCAAGGCGCUGUCUCCCCAAGGUCGCAGCGGGGGCCUGGGCAGCGCCCACCCACGCCUGCUGCAUCUCACACGGGGCGGACGGUAUGUGGAGCCGGGCACACCCAGGGCCCGGGGCCCCUUUCUCCUCCCGGCGGCAUGGCGGGCAGGGCGUGCCCAGGGGCCCUCAGCCUUGGACCAGCGUCCCACGCUCCUUGGGAGACCAGCCUUGACCGCCGAUGACAACGACGCAAAGCACAAGAGGGAGAAUUCUCCAAAGCACCGCCGUGGACCGCCAUGAGCACGAGACACGGAGACGAUGCGACCUACUGUGCGCCCCCCCGGAAAUGACACAAACACUCUCCCGGGUCCCAUCCCGGGUGAGCGGAGGAGGGCAGAGCACACCUCUCCCUACUUACCCAUCCAGCAGCCGGCCGGAUGGAUGGAUGUCUCACUCCUCUGGAUUGGGGGGCAGGGCAUGUGUGGGGACCUGGGAGAGGAAGGUGACCGAUGAGCCCUGGGCCGUGCAUUGCCUUUGUGUCCGGCUGUCCUAGGAGCACAGAGAACAGGCCCUGAAGGGCCGUAGGGGAUCUUGGGGGACGGGGGGGGGGGGGGGGCGGGGGCGGGGGAGGAGGAAGGAGAAAGAUUCCCGUGGGCUUUGUGCUGAGCUAUUUUGGGGGUGCGGGUGGUGCUAGUCCUUUCCCCCAUCCCCUGUCUGACUCCAUUUGUUCCUGGGGUGACUCCCAAGGGGUGCUCCCUGGCUGGGUGGAGGGGGCAGCUCCCUCAGCAGCCCCCACCGGCUCCCAGGGGCUCCUCUCUCCCUUCUUCAUCUAUGGGCUCCGGCUGGAGCCACUCAGAACGAAACACUCCGGGGCCGAAGGUGAGCAUCGAGGGCCUCCCCCCCCCCCCCGUCUUCUCCCCCCACUUCCUCCCCCACGCCUGCCUCGCUAGAGACCAGCUCCAAGGCAACUGCAGGAAGCUAGGUGGAGUCCCUUGCGGCUGGGGAGGGCGUCCAAGGGCCCGGUCGCUGAACUUGAAGCGGAGCUUGGAGCCUGACCUUGACCUUGUGGUCUGACGUGCAGGCCUGGGAGGCAGGCAUGCAGGCCGUGGGCACGGUGCCAGAGGCUCGGAGCUCCUGUGUGCAGCCCCAUAGCCUCUUCUCACCUGGGACAACUGGCCCAACCGCAGGCAGCCAGCCAGAGGCUCUGCCUGACCCGAGUCUAGAGAAUGUAUCUAUGGAGAAUGUCCUAGACCUGUGGUCGGCAAUCUCAUUCGUCCACAGAGCCAAAUGUAAGGUGACCAGACAGUUCUGAGUCCCGCAGCGUUUUAAAAAAGCCCCGACGUUUGGAAAGAAACCUUAGCCCAAAUAUCAACAGGACAACGAUUGAUGUUUCUUCGGAGAGCCAACUUUUUUAAAACGUAAACUUCUUCGAACGCCACUUCUUCAGCAUAGACUCGCCCGGGGCCGUGGCAUUUUGUGGAAGAGCCACCCUCAAGGGCCCAAAGAGCCGCAGGUGGCUCGAGAGCCGCAGUUUGCCGACCGCGGUUCUGGACUCUAGCCGCAGCCUGCCUUUAUUUAGCACUCCCACGGUAAGCACCGCACAGGUGGGAUCCCGCGACUAGUCCGCCUCGCCGCUGCCCCGCGUUAGGCACCGUCACACGUGACUUCCCUUUUGCAUGGGGAGCGUGGGAGGCUCAGAGAGGUUCAGGAACUGGCCUGAGGGCGCCCAGCGGGUCUCCGCCAGCGCCUGGAUUCGAACCUAGGUCUCCUUCGCCUCCAAUAAGGCUGCAGAGUCGUAAGGUUUUUGAGAGGGGCUUGGGAUUUUUUUGACCAUAAAUACAUAUGCCUCGGUGGAUUCAUCGAAACGUCGUCGUCGUCAUCACGGCCUUUUUAAAGUCAGCUUUGCAAAUCGUUUUUCAAAAGAGGACAGCGCCGCUUGGCAAAGACAAUGCCGCUGCCCUCCAGCUUCCCGGACGGCCAUCCACACUCACCCGAGGGCUCCCUCCCCCUCCUGCACUCGGGGAAGGCAGACAGCGGGGACAGGCGGGGACAGGCGGGAGGCAGGUCUCCGAGGGCUCUGCCUCCUCUCCCCUCCCGGUCCCUCCAUCCCGAAGCCAGUUCUCGGAGAGGCAGCAAGCAGCUGGGAUGUCUUCCCGGCGCCUGGCGAGCGCCAGAGCCCAUGGGCCAUUUGGAAUCGCACCUCGUUAGGAGACAAACUGUUCCUUCCCUGUCAGCUGCCACGAGCCAGCCCUGAAUCCAUCCCAAAUCCCACGCCGCAGCCUCCGCCUGCCCGAAGCAGCCUGCCCUCGGCCAGUUUGAGAGCAAAAGGGGGGGCUUUUCACAUGGCCCCCCUGUCUCCAGCGACCCCUCCUCGCCGUCACAGGUGAAGCGACUCAGGCACAAGAUGGUGUGGGACGGACUCUGGGUCUCAGAAACCAGCCACUUGGGCCUCUGAGCCCCAGGACGGCUGCUUUCUCAGCUCGGUGCCUCGCUCCUCCCGCUGGGCCGGCCGAGUGCAGGCCAGGCCGCCCUGGGGGAAGCCGGGGAAUCAGUUUGUCCUUGGAAAAGCCGGUGCACAGGAGCAAAAUCCAAACCAGCUGUUUUCCUCCUUCCGGUUGGGCCUCCUUUCUCUGCCCCGAAUCCAUCCCUCCUCCCAUCCAUCCAUGUCCAUAGUCCUCUCUACCUGUCCCCCGCUCCCCCAGGCCAUCAAAACCUAUCCAACACCUACUCCUGGCCAGGCCCUGGGCUGGGCCCUGGGAAUACAGGGCGAUCCAAAGAUACAACCUCUGUCCUCGUCAUUGGCCAGUGGGAGAAACAGCCAAUAAUUCAAAAAAACAAAACAACCGCCGAAACCGGUUUGGCUCAGUGGAUAGAGCGUCGGCCUGCGGACUGAAGGAUCCCGGGUUCGAUUCUGGUCAAGGGCAUGUACCUUGGUUGCGGGCA